UUAUUAUUAUUAUUAUUAUUAUUAUUAUUAUGAAUCAAACAAGUAAAAAAAGAAGAAUAUGUCUUCCAGUAGAUGGAAGUGAUCAUUCUAAACGUGCAAUUGAAUGGUUUAUUAAAGAAGUUUAUCGACCUGGUGAUGAAGUACUAUUUGUACAUUGUCUAGAAUUACCAUAUUUACCAACAAUUAGUUUAACAUCUGGUUUAAAAGUACCUAUUGAUGAUUGGACUAAAGCACUUCAAGAAAAUAUCGCUCAAACAACUAAAUUGAAUAAUGAGUAUGGUUAUAUAUGUGAAUGCAGUAAGAUACCAUACGAUUUUAUAAUAAAAAAUGGAAUAGCUCCAGGUGUUGGAAUAGUUCAAACUGUAGAAGAUCAUCAUGUUGACUUAAUUGUUAUGGGUAAUCGUGGACUAAGUAGACUCAAACGUACACUACUUGGUAGUGUAAGUAGUUAUGUAGUACACAAUGCAUAUGUACCAUGUAUCAUAGUGCCACCAGUUUGAAGAAAAGAACAAUCAAUAUUUAUACAUAUAUGAAAUAUCUAUGAAGCUUUUUUUGAAAUCAUAUUUUUUAUACUUACUGGAUUACUCUUCUUUCUUGACAUUUAUUCAUUGUGUAAUACGUUAUUAGUGUCAUUUUAGAAACGAAAAUUGUGUAUUCAUUAUUUGUUGUUUUAUUUUAUAAGUAUCUAAAUAAUGUUGACUAUUGAAACUACAUAAAAAAGAUGUACGUUCCCUUUUUUAAGAUUCACAGGAAGUUAGGAAUGAUUACUUUUGUUUAUGAGCAAUAUCGGUGGUGUAGAUUCGGUUGCUCAGUAUUUGUUUUUGGAAUUCAUAUGCAUUACUAAAUCUCCUGCUUACUAGUUUGAUGUCAAGCACUGGCUAGAAAGAUCUUGAAAUAACUGUUUUACUUUAUAACGUAAAUUCUUACACUUACGUGCAAAAUGUUCAAAAUCUACAUUCUCUUCAGUGACCGUCGGUGUUUCCAGUUUAAAUAUUCAACCUCUUAAUAUGUUAUUGCGUAAUACGCUUUAUAAAAUCACAUAGGAAAUAUUUGUCUCUAUGUUGAUCAGUUUCUGAAUUUUGGCAAAGGAGGGAAAACUCGUAAAGUAUGUGUUAUCUCUUUUUUUCAAUACCUGUGUUAGUACAAGUCUGUUAAAGUGUUAUAGUAAAUUAUCAGUAGCUCAACUUAGGCACAGGACAACGCAGAGAGUAGUGUCCACGAUCCUAUCAACUA